AUGGCCAGCAGCCCUAGUAGAAUCGCAGAAAAUCAUGGCCGUAAAGGAAAUGAGAUAUUCUCAUCUCACGUAUCAAAAAAUAAUGCAACGCCUUUCGUUUAUGGACAUUCAACUAUAUUCAAAGAAUACAACGAUAUGAAUGAGUGUAGUAUCAAGAAGUACCUUCAAAGAAAUGAUAUUGCUAUGGAAUUAGAUAAUAACAUUUGA